AUGCUCCGCAACACCAUCUUCUUCCUCUGGCUUCUUGCCACAAUAACUCUUGCCGAUGAACAAGCCUGCUCACCAAGCUUCAUCCGAUGUGCGCCGACCGGAGCUUCGCGCAGAGGCGUGCCCAUCGUUGGCCCAGACCUGGCUCGAUUCUUUGAUGAAUUGGUGUACACGGUGCAAGACAUGUCAGACGUCCCUCUUUCCUCUGCAUCUGUCAGCAAGGAUCGUUUCACCACCAGUUACUUCCUCCCAGAUGGCUCGUACGGUACCGCCUGGGAUGGCAGCUAUUACACUCCCGCAGGUGAUAUGGCCAAUCUCAUCUCAGGCGAGUACCACAUGCACGAUGGCACAGCCGGCAACAUCUAUGAUGAGUCUCCCGCGGACAAGCCUGAUCCCUCCGACUUACCCAUUCCUACACCAUGGACCAGUAGCGGUAUUGGCACUGCAAUUCCCGCUAGUCAGCUAGGAGCAAAAGAUACAAGCGUCAUCACCAGCUCUUCGUCUGCUGCAUUGUCAUCGAGCACUACGAGGAACUUACCGUCGGCGUUAUCGGCAGGCUCCGAGGGCGAAUCUAAAACUGGUAGCGUUGCUCCCAGCGUGAUCAUCACAGCCUCACACUCCUCGUCUUCCAUCACUGGUGUGACCACAACGAGCCUGUCGUCGUUGUCAGCAUCCUCGACGACCUUCAGCGUUACCUCAUCAUCGACAAGCACAGCUUCCACUGCGCUCGACUCGAUCACCAUCGUGGUAUCGGACUCCGAGAUCCCACACAAUCCGACAGGCCCAGCAUCAGGUAGCUCAAUGAUGACUGGCACACCAGGAGCCUCGGCGACAAACUCGAGCCACAGCUCACCCAUUAUUCCUCCUAUCACCAAUUUCGCUACAGCCACUGUCGUAUACUGUAUGGCAGCCAAAGUGCUGGCAUGGGCGAUUGCAACUCUUAUGUUGGCUUGA